CCGCAUAGUGCCCACACUAAGCUCUCAACUCACACAGGUGGGUUGCUAGACGCUCUCCCCAGUGCUCAACAUUUGAAAUCAUGGAUCAAUAUGGACACUUCACCUGGGAAAAAGACCACAAUGUUGUCAAGCAGACAACCUCGAAGCUCACUCCUAUGGAAAGAGACAAUACAGAUCCCAGACUUGUCUGCUCAAGGAGGCAGUCAGUCAGACAUAUCAACCAUUACUCUCCACCACACCUCCCAAGCAGACUAUGCUUGGUCUGCAUCAGAAGUCAGAAGCACCACCUCAAAAUCACUAGUGAGA